AUGGCAAAAGGAUCGGCUUCAUCGCCGCCUGCGUCCUCGCCCGCAUUGAAGCGUGCGACGCCCAACACGCAGAACAUGCGGAGCCAGAAGUCCAUCCUCGGGUUCUUCCAAAAGUCAUCCCCCGCGACUCCGUCCUCAAACCGUGUUCGCGAACCAGCUUCGUCCCCUGCCCAGAAAGCAGCAGAGCGUGGAGGAAGUGCAGUGAAGGGGACACCCAAGGAUCAGAAGCGGAGCUUUUCGAGCUUCGCUCAGGACCUGAGCCCGGUGCCCAGUAGUGAUCUUCCGAUUCCAGACGAAGAAGAAGAAAGUGGUAAUGGAGUUAAGACCACCAAGGUAGAGCCGAGUUCCACCAUGUCGCCUUCACGUCGAGGCCAGAAAAAAGUUAGCUAUAAGGAGUCUGACUCGGAAGGGGAAGAUGACGACGAAGCUAUCUUCCGUCCCAAUCGCAAUGGUCGUGCCGCAAAGAGAAGACGAACAGAACCGGAGAGCGAAGACGAGUUCAAGGAAGCGGAGGAGGAUGAGGCAGCCAUGUCGGAAGAUGAAAUGGACGACUUUGUCGUCGCAGACGACUCCGAUGAAGAGGUGGUGUCGUCUAGAAAGCCCAAGAGACCUGCUACGAAACCAGCACGCAAAUCAUCGGCCAAAUCAUCGCCUCCACCUCCCGCUCCAUACGACGAAGAUUUAGACAUGGAUAUACCGGAAGGAGAGGGCUCGGCUGGCACGGCGAAGAAAUGGGCAUUCGAUCCGGAAAACAAGGAGCCUCGCAAGGAAAGAGCACCUGUUGCUUCGACUACCACAGCCAGCACGAGAAAAGAGAAAGCUCACAUUAAAGAACCCGAGCAGCGUUACUCGUGGCUUGCUUCACUCAAGGAUAUGGAUGGCAAUCCAAAGGGUCACCCCGAUUACGACCCUCGCACUCUGUACAUCCCUCCUCUCGCCUGGUCUCGAUUUUCACCAUUCGAGAAACAAUACUGGGAAAUCAAGCAGAAGUUCUGGGACACCGUUGUGUUCUUCAAGAAGGGAAAGUUCUACGAGCUAUAUGAGAACGACGCCACCAUUGGACACCAGCUCUUUGAUCUGAAGCUGACAGACCGAGUCAACAUGCGAAUGGUCGGUGUACCCGAGAUGAGUUUGGAUCAUUGGGCGAACCAGUUCGUGGCCAAGGGCUACAAGAUCGCUCGCGUUGAUCAAUCCGAGUCCGCCCUCGGAAAGGAGAUGCGCGAGAGGGAAGGCAAGAAACCUACCAAGGAAGACAAGAUUAUCAAGCGAGAGCUUGCAUGCGUUCUCACGGCGGGUACUCUGGUUGAGGGAUCAAUGCUUCAGGACGACAUGUCCACCUACUGUGUUGCGAUCAAGGAGGCCAUUGUGGACGAGCUCCCUGCCUUCGGAAUCUCAUUCGUUGACACUGCUACCGGUCAAUUCUUUUUAUCCGAGUUCCAAGACGAUGCCGACAUGACCAAGUUCGAGACUUUCGUUGCACAGACUCGCCCUCAGGAACUGCUAUUAGAAAAGGGCUGUGUUUCUCAAAAGGCCAUGCGGAUCCUGAAGAAUAACACCAACCCAACUACUCUCUGGAACUUCAUGAAACCAGGCAAAGAGUUCUGGGAAGCUGAUAUUACCAUUCGUGAAUUAGAAGCAAGUGACUACUUCGUUUCCACAGAUGAUGAUAACGUUACCGCUUGGCCCGAGGCUCUUCGCCAGGCGCGCGAGAAAGAAUUGGUCAUGGGUGCCUUCGGUGCGAUGGUCUCUUACUUACGUCUACUGAAGAUUGAGCGGGACUUGAUCACCAUUGGGAAUUUCACCUGGUAUGACCCCAUCAAGAAGGCCACUAGUCUUGUGUUGGAUGGCCAGACUUUGAUAAACAUGGAGAUCUUCGCGAACUCCUUUGAUGGUGGUAUCGAAGGCACUCUUUUCCAACUUCUGAACCGUUGUAUCACACCGUUUGGAAAGCGAAUGUUCAAGCAAUGGGUCUGCCAUCCUUUGGUGGACUCGAAGCGAAUCAAUGCCCGCCUGGAUGCAGUUGAUUCACUGAACGCUGACCCGAGUGUUCGUGACCAGUUUUCCUCGCAGCUCACAAAAAUGCCUGAUCUUGAACGUCUGAUUUCCCGAAUCCAUGCCGGAAACUGCAAGGCUCAAGAUUUCGUUCGUGUCCUUGAAGGAUUCGAACAGAUUGACUACACAAUGGGUCUUCUUAAGGAAAAUGGUGCAGCCUCAAAUGAGAGCAUCAUUGGUGAACUGACAGCCGCUAUGCCCGAUCUGACCUCUCUUCUCACGUAUUGGAAGACUGCCUUCGAUCAUCCAAAGGCUCGGGAAAACGGGAUCCUGAUUCCCGAGACUGGCGUCGAGCAGGACUUUGACAAUUCGCAGGAAAUAAUUGAACAGAUUCACAAGGACCUCGACAGCGUACUCAAGAAGGCCCGCCGGGACCUAGGCUCCUCUGCGAUCUGCUUCCGGGAUAACGGCAAAGAAAUCUACCAGCUUGAGGUUCCUGUGAAGGUCAAGGACAUUCCUAAGGAUUGGAACCAGAUGUCCGCUACCAAGCAGGUCAAGCGCUACUACUUCCCGGAACUGCGGAGCCUCAUCCGCAAGCUGCAAGAAGCACAGGAGACUCACAGCCAAAUUGUCAAAGAGGUCGCUGCGAGAUUCCAUGCUCGCUUCGAUGAGUCCUACAACACGUGGCUUACUGCUGUGCGGAUUGUCUCGCAGCUGGAUUGUCUAAUCAGUUUAGCCAAGGCUUCUGGAGCCAUCGGUCACCCCAGCUGCCGUCCAGUGUUCGUGGACGACGAGCGUAGCGUUCUUGAAUUCGAGGAGCUCCGCCACCCUUGUCUCCUUUCUUCUGUUGAAGACUUCAUUCCAAAUGAUAUCCAACUCGGUGGCAAGCAAGCCAAUAUUGACCUGUUGACUGGUGCCAAUGCUGCCGGAAAGUCCACCGUCUUGCGAAUGACAUGUGUUGCCGUGAUCAUGGCUCAAAUCGGAUGUUACGUUCCCUGCCAAUCUGCGCGAAUGACACCUGUCGACCGGAUCAUGUCUCGCCUUGGUGCAAACGACAACAUCUUCGCUGCCCAGUCGACCUUCUUCGUCGAGCUGUCCGAGACCAAGAAAAUCCUGUCCGAAGCCACACCCCGCUCUCUCGUGAUUCUCGACGAGCUCGGUCGUGGAACCAGCUCCUACGAUGGUGUCGCCGUCGCUCAGGCCGUUCUCCACCACAUCGCAACCCACAUCGGCGCACUUGGCUUCUUCGCAACCCACUACCACUCGCUUGCCGCCGAGUUCGAGAACCACCCGGAGAUCUCACCAAAGCGUAUGGCCAUCCACGUGGAUGAUACCGAGCGUCGCGUCGCAUUCCUGUACAAGCUUGAGCAGGGUGUGGCCGAGGGCAGUUUCGGUAUGCACUGUGCAUCCAUGUGCGGAAUCCCUAGUAAGGUCAUUGAAUGUGCUGAGAAUGCUGCCAAGCAAUGGGAGCACACUAGCAGACUCAAGGAAAGCCUCGAUCGCCAGAAGGGCGGUGGGUAUGUUGGUCUGGGGUGGUGGAGUGAUGUUGCCUGGGCUUUGCGCGAUCCUGCACCCCAGGACGAGCCUAACACUGGCGAUGUCACUGAUCGGGGUCUCGAUGUCUUGAUGAAGGCUAUCGAGGCACUGUGA